AAUGAAAAUUGUGAAUAAUAUUAUACUGUACACUGUUAUCCAAUUCCUUCCUCUCUAAACCUCCACACCCAGCCCCUCCUCAUACCAAAUUCCGUUCCCCAUUAAUUCCACCAAAGAGUAGAGGGAGAUCUAUCAGCAAAUUAAUCGCAGACCAUGGGCGAAACUAAACAGGGAGUAAUGGUGGUGGAAAUUCCCAAGGAGGCCGGCGGUUUUAUGGGCCAAUCCCAGCAGAACCCAGUUGCGCUGGUGCAGGCCAAGUUGAAGGAGGUGGAGAUUAGGUUCAGGGGGUGGCUGGCCAAACAGUCGUUGCCGGUGGAGGCGGCCGUCGUUACCACCACCAGCGCCGCCCAAGGCGCCGCUAUUGGCGCUUUCAUGGGGACGCUUACUGGUGAUGCUUCAUCGUUGCUCACGCCGCCCCCGAGCGCGGCAAACAUCAACCCGGAAGCUAUGGCAUCGCUGAAACAAGCUCAGGCUCUUGCAGGAGGUCCCAUGGUACAAGCACGCAAUUUCGCUGUCAUGACGGGAGUGAAUGCUGGUAUUUCUUGUGUAAUGAAAAGAUUGAGAGGCAAGGAGGACGUUCAAUCUAGUAUGGUUGCAGCUUUCGGUUCUGGGGCCAUGUUUUCAUUAGUAAGUGGUAUGGGAGGGCCGAAUCAGGCAGCAAAUGCAGUUACCUCUGGCCUUUUCUUUGCGCUUGUUCAAGGUGGAAUUUUCCAGCUGGGACAGAAGUUUGCAAAACCACCAGCUGAGGACGUGUAUUAUGUCAAGACAAGAUCAAUGUUAAGCAAGCUUGGCCUGCAGAAUUAUGAGAGGAAUUUUAAGAAAGGCUUGUUGACAGACAGCACUUUACCUUUGCUAACUGAUAGUGCUCUCAGAGAUGUGAAAAUUCCUCCUGGACCGAGGUUGCUCAUUCUCGAUCACAUAGAGAGGGACCCAGAGCUGAAAGAUGACCAGAGAGGUUCCCGUUGAAGUACUACGCUGCAAUCAGUAUUGGGAAGACGAUGGGAAAUACUUUACAUGUUCGACAUAAAGAGACGAUGACAAUUUUGUUUCAUUGCUUUGUUGUGUGGUAGAAUGUUACAACUAGAUUCAAGAUUUGAUAAAUAUUAUGAUGUUUCUUAAUUAUUUCCAUCUUGAUAGUCAGAAUAACUAAAUGCAGAAUUAUUGGGAGCUGCCCAUUUUGGGAA